AUGCAGACCCAGACCUCCGAAGCACCAACAGAACCUGAUACGAACUUCGACGAUGGUGAAACAGGAACGGAGAGUCUCCACCUCGCGGCGCGACUAGCGAAACUUGCGAUGAAUGCGAGAAAGAGCGAUAAUGGUAUUGAAUCGCGAUCGUUCUCGAAAAGCGAUACGGCGAUUCUCCACCGCUGUUUGAAUACUAUCGAAAACACACUAUCACUACCCGACGACGACGACAAUGAUCCCCGUUCAACUCUAACGCAAGAAAUCACCAAACAUCGACCCCAGAGUCUUAAUCUUACUCCGCAUUACCCAUCGCCUCCGUCAACAGUAGCGGAACCAUCGCCGUCGGCGGCGUCGCAUACCGCAGAGCCAAGAUCAGAGCCACACCCGACCGGAUCGCAACUCACCGCUAUUCUGGAGGAAGUCACAGCGCUGGGUAACGAAUUGCAUAGGAGGCGUCGCGAGACUUUUCACAUCUAUGAGCUGUUUACUCAGAAAUGUCAGGGGCUGGAGCGGAGGGUUGCUGGAUUGGAGGGUGAGGUUCGCGAGUUACACGCCGAUAUCUUGGAAAACUCGAUAGAACGCGAAGGACUCCGGGGAACGGUUUACGGUCUGGAAAAUUGGGUGGACGGAUGGCAGCGCGAUCACGAGUUGGCAAUAAUCCAAGCACGAGAAGCACGGAAGGGAUGGACGAAACGUAAACCCGCCCGGAGCGAAGAUGACGCUGACGCCUUGUUCGAUGGCAUAACCGCGUGGAUGCGUGGGUGGAAAGAUGUCGAGGAAGGCUUUCAAGCCCGGGAACGUGAGCGCGAACAGCGACGGGAUGAAAGACAGAAGCAGCAGCCAUUGGACGCUAUUCCUAAUAAUCACCUUCCAUUAUCUAGUGCAGAUGAGGACAGCUGA